CGACCAUAUCAGGAACUGAUUUAAAAGUAAACUAGAUCGACAACAAUUUGUAUUAUUACAUUGUACGAGCGAUCCUCAAAGUAACAAAAUGUACUCUCAAAGUGUUCUGUGUAGUUUAUGUUUGGACAAUUUAAAUGAUUCUAAGAACGUAUACUCUAUAAUAAAAUGUGGACACAUUUAUCAUAAAGAGUGCCUGAGAAAAAUAAUAUACAAAAGAACGUGCUCCGUUUGCCAUGUACUGUAUGAUAAACGUCAAUGUCGUAAAUUAAAUGUAUAUUCAGAAUCAAAAGUCCAAAGUGAAGAUGGUUUUUAUCCCUGGGAGUACAAUUGGAUGUAUUGUGAUUCUAAAACACUUUUGGAACCACAGGAAUUGUCUAAAACUUGCCUUAAACUGGGAAUCGAUAACAAAAAUGAUGAUAUUUACGCAGCAAGAUGUUUUCUUAAUGGAAACAUAUUACCAGCUUAUUAUGUCGCCGCCCGGAAGUGUGCCAUUACGACUUUUGGCGGACAUGCGUAUCAGCUACAAGAGGAUAUUGAUCUUCUGGAUAUAAGCGCUGAUGAUAUACGUUUAUAUGAAUGGCAACAGUUCGAGAACAAUCAGCUUCCAGAAAAUGCAUUUGAUAUAACACACUGCUCUUCGGAUUUAUUGUCGAGUGAUGCUGAUGGACCAGAUAAAUUGAACGAGAAGCUUUAUAUUGCUCGUGGUGUAUACAAAGGUAAAAUUCUUUAUGGCAAAUUAUGCUCGACAGACAAUGGUGAAAAUAACCAAAUUUAUUUGGCUUUUGGAAACGAAGAGAUUGAAUUUCAUGCAAAUGACAAGAAUAUCUGCGAAGUUCUAGUAAGAAAUCCAUAAAAGUACUAAAUGUAUAGUGUAAAUUCGCAGUUUCAUUUUGGGUUUAAUAAAAUAUGUAUGUAA